AUGGCGUCCAGGUUGGCAAACCGAUUAAAAUCACUGUCCCCUUACGUCGAUGAAAAAGUGUUCCGAAAUCUUCAGAAGCGUUUAGAAAAUAUCCCUCUUUCAGAAAGAAGAUCUCAGAAAAUCCAGGCUUCCAAAGGUAGGUUACUUACUCAUUUUAAGAAAAUGGUGCGGGCUUGAAAAACCAAGUCACUAUUAUUUUGAAGACCACAAUUUACGCUAAUAUCUGAGUGGAGUUUUACAUAGUUUGAUCAUCCUCUUUUCACACCCACCUACCACCUGCCAGUAAUUAAUAAUAUAUUUGGCGGACACUUUAAAAAGGGGGAAGGCAGUUUUGAUUUGCACUGUGCAUGUGUAAGCUGCUUCCAGACAAUUACUUCAAUUAUAUAUUAUAUAAGCAAUAGACCCCACUUUCUAUGGAUUUACCGGCGUGAUAACCCACUUGGGAUGUUGGGAGAACACUCAAAAAGCUUAUAAAUCACGAGCCAUCAUGAUUUACAAGCUUUUUGAGUGUUCUCCCAACAUCCCAAGUUGGUUAUCACACCGGUAAACCCACAGAAAGUGGGGUCUAUUGCUUUUAUAAAAUAACUUUGAGUUUUCUAUGAGUUUACCAGCACAAUAAACCAUAGGUUUUAACAAAUCAGAAUGGGUGACUAUCUUUAAUAGUUAUUAGUCUCGCUUGCUUGAGCAGAGCGAGACUCUUAAAAUGCAGUCUUUUUUUUUUUUCGUCGGACCUAGUUUGUAGGCCCGACGUUCUUAGCGAAGACCAUCAAAACUGGGGAUAAGAAUCGUGACGACUUUCAUUGUAUGGAAAUGAGUCUCGCGAUGAGAAUGCAGUUUAUUUCGGCAAUGACUAAAAUGACGCAUGUAAGUUUGGCAAUGACGUAAUUUUCCUCGAAUGGAGGCCCUUGAUUUUCGUGUAAUUAUGCACGACAUGCAGGCACAUCCCCAAGCAAGAUGAGAAAAUAUUAGAGCGGGGAAAUCCUCAGGACUUUGUGGCUUUUUAAGGCGUUACGUUUCUCAGAAUAUUGUCGCAAUUACAGGAAAUGUAUGGUUAAAUAGAUUCACUUUGUUUUAUGUAUUUAACUGAUAGAUAUUCGCAGUUGUUACGAUGUGAAGUCGUGUUGCACUUCAUAAAUACUUGAGAUAUGAAGUAUCCACUGUCACGUAAUUUUUACAUGCGUACGUGCGUAAAAUUUGCGUUCGCAAAUAAAAUAAAGGCAAUGUAUGAAAGGCUGCACGUACAAUUAUGCAAGCGUAAAAGUAGAAACUCGCUUAAUUUGACGUUUAAUCUCAAUACUUUAUGUCUUACCUCUAUUUGAUUUACGUGAUUAAAAUUUACGUGCGUUAACGUACGGAGCCAAAAACGCAUCAGUGGAAAUCCACCCUAACAUGUCACGGAUGUGUUUAUACGGGUAGCUUUGAACUUGACCAACCGCACACUCUACUUGUAGCACUUCAUGUCCAUAGUUAAUAGAAAUUCCAUAUCGAGCUUUUCCGGAACGGGUUGGUCCAAGAAUUCUAUGGCUUGAAAGCGUCGAUUAUUUUGGAACAACUGAUCACUUCAGUGGUCGAAAAAAAAGAAUAAUCUUAAUGAGCAAAACUUCAAGGUUUACUGGAAAAUCAGUAUCAAGGAUCGAGGAUCGAGAAAUCAGGGAUUAAGGAUCGGUGAAAAAGAACUUGAAAAUAAAACAAAUAAAUAAAUCGUGGAUCAGUGAUGAUGUGGGCCGCAGACUGUAGAUAAAUUUCACAGAACAUAACCCCGUUCGCUGUACUGAACGCUAACUUCAAGUAAACUAAUCCGAGUCUGUCUGAGUCAGUGAUUGUUUUGACGAGAAAGUGAAAUUUUCCGGGAAAAUGAAACGCUUUAUCCUGGUGAUACUGUAAUACAAGAAAAAACUUUUAACAGUUUCUAAUUUUUAAGUGUACAUUUGCUUUCAGUACUCCUUAUUUUUCUUGUAAUUGUUGUAUGCACGACCCCACCAGCAAUGCUGAUCUUUUUAUCGUGCCAUAAACUAAGGUUCUUACCUACCCACCUACCAACCUACCUACCUAUCUAUCUAUCUAUCUAUCUAUCUAUCUUUCUGUCUGUCUGUCUGUCUGUCUGUCUGUCUGUCUGUCUGUCUAUCUGCCUAUCUAUCUAUCUAUCUAUCCAUCUAUCUAAAAUGCAUGCUGUGUACAACUCUAAACAUUGUACUCUUAGACUGUACGGAGAUAUUAAAAGUAGAUACUAAGCAGCUAUGGAAAAUGUCAUUACUUUUAUGUGAUAUUGAUAUCUUAUAAAACGGACAACAAAUUCAACAGGAAUACGGGCGAACUGAAUUAACUGUGUGUUGUAUAAGGUUCUGUUCAACUUACACUUUUUUCCUGUGCUGAACAUAUACUGUACCGAGCCAUAUCUUGGUCUUGUACAAAGAAGCUAUGUAUAUUUAUACUGACAGAGUCAUGGGCACCUAAUACCGAUAAAAAUCAUCGUUCAAUUUUUCAAGAGUAGAAUCCCUGAAAGAGUACUCCUCAAUGGAGCAAUAUCAAUAUGUAGAAGGUUUUCAAAGGUUUCACACCGGUUUGAGGCUAAGAUGUGCAGCCUGUCUCUCCUUGCAAUUUUUACUUUUUGAGUAUAUACAUUAUGACAUACACCACUCGUUUUGUAUUUCCAAACAAAAAAGUAGUAUAAUGGCACCAGGGCCUUUGUCAACAAAACUCAUCUCCAAGCAAGCAAGACUCAACGCUACUAAGAGCAUUCUUGUUUUGUAAAUAAUGGUAAUUGAACUGAGUGGAGUGCAAAUUUGGUCUGAAAUCAUAAGCGUGAUUUGGAAUCACAAGUAUGAUUUCAGACCAAAAUUGCAUGACACGAAGUUCAAUUACCACUUUAUUACAGCCAUUUUGAAAUCACAGAAUUUAGCCAGUACUAAUAUUUUAUUGAUCAAGUAGCCGGUUUGUUAAAAAGCUGAAACAAAAAGGCUUUUACAUCUCAUUUUGUAUUUGAAACUGAAAUGAUGCAAUAUAGAACAAAAAUGGUGUGAUUUAAAACAGAAAUGAUGCAAUUUAGAAUAUGAAUGAUGCAAUUUGGAACAGAUGUGAUUUAGAGCAAAAAAUGGUGUGAUUUAGGAAUAAAUGACACUGCUGAGAGCCAAUCAGAUUGCACGGAUAGUCAGUGAUUUCAAAGUGGACGUAGUAAAUCCCCAUAUUUCAUUAUCUCGGCUACUUCCCCGGUAUAUGUUGCAGCUGAUAAAAAUAAGAUUUACAACCCUGUCAUGCUUUAAAAUAAACAUUAACCUACAUGUCUUUUUACAUAACCAAGCUAGCAAACCAGUUUCUCAAUCAGCGAACAAAAUUUUUUAACGAUCAAUACUAUUGUCUAUGUUCACCCUCUAUAAACUUAGAAAUAUCUGCAAGUAGCACCUGAUUGGUAACCAAAACACACAGCAUCAGAUGAGACAAUUUUUUGCUAAAAAUACCAGCUAAAUGAGCACUAUAAAUAAGUAAUGCGGUCGCUAGCAUGAUAAAAACUCUGCAUGAACACUGUCGCUUAGCUGAUACCAGCUGAAAAUGGAAGCAGUGAUUGAAAGGAUUAAAGUGCUUCAUCUUAAAAUGCUUUAUUUGCAAUAUUAUAGUAGAUACAUAAUGCAUAAGCAAGAUUUAAUCCUAUAAGAACAAUGCCAAAUUGAGCAAAGAUCACAUCAAAGUAACGCUCAAAUUGCUCAUCAGCAAUGAACAAAUUUCUUCACAUUGCAUCAGGUGUUCCGCCUAACAAAAGUUCAUGAGUAGAAUAUUCAGGCAACAAUAUGUUAUAGACUUAUUUUAUUUAUUAUUACCUCUGUUUAUUUAUUUUGUCAUUUAAAUUAGAAUCAAGAACAGUUAAGAUACAGGAACUUAAAAAGACUCUGCAAGAUCAAACUGUGGAAACGUUACCUGAACAAAAAACUGAAAAUACUGGUCUGGCCAAAAAGACAAAGGUUAGUGAUAUACAAGGGGUAGGGAGGUGAUAGUGAAGGAAUUAUAGGACUGAGAAUCCAAAUUCAAAAUCUUGGUAGCUUUUAGGGCAAGUCUUGAAGAGUUGUUUGUAUGUGUUUCUUUCCAUCUCAGAAUCUUCAACGUUUUGCAGCAAAAUGUAGGAUUUUUAAACCAGGGUCUUGGUGUCAUGGCACGUCUCCACAAGUCUUUCCACUCCGUAUAUAAAAAAUUUUUUUAAAAAAUGUGAGAAAUUAAAAUUCAAGACUCCAAACAGCUUGUAAAACUGUUUUUUUUAGCUGUGCCUUUUCUCCAGGAAACUCAGGACUGUUGUAGCUAAAAUAUGUAAACAGGAUGCUUUAUUAGGUCGCACUUUGUAGAGUUCUCUAUGGGGAGAGUUUUGAGGGUGCAGCAGUAUUUUCUGUAUAACAUCAUGUACUUGCUAGUGUAUUCAUUUCUCCUCUUUGCUCUCAGAUUAAGGUGAAUUUUGACCAAUGGUACAAGAAAAAUCCAGCCGAAGUAAGUGUGAAACCCAUUUAUAAGACUCUGCCAAAUGCCAAAGUUGCACUGGAUGGAACAACACCCGAACCACGUUUCAUCUGGAAGGAAAAAGAUUGGCCUAAUGGUUUCCCUGAUUCUCCAGAAGAAGCCAAAACAGAUGUGAUGACAUACCUGGAGCAAAGGGACUGUUACCACAGGCUGAAGAAACUUGAUGCCAAAGAUUUCUCUGUAGGGAGUAUAGUAGCAGUUACCAGAGGCGAUCCUCAUAUAGCUAAAGGAAAAGUCAGGUAUGUCAUUUGAGUUAUUUCAUAAUGUUGAAAAGUAUUUUCAAGGUUAUUUAAAGUGUUUCGAUACAGUUUUUCGGGGACCAUACCGAUAUUUUUUGAUCGCCUAAAAAGUAAUUUUAUGUUUGUCCGAUCGCUAUGAAAUUUUCACCACCGACUGACUUUGGAUUGAAGUUUGUCAAAAUAGAGUUUUAAGUUGAAUCAAUAUCACUAUGGCAACAAUAAACAAAAAAAUUUGAAAUCGAUAAAAGCCGAAUUUUGCGUGAUCUAGACCUAUUACUGAAAAUCCGACACCAUUAACUUCCAGAGUGGUGUUUAGCAAAUAACCUCCGUGAGAAGUAAAAAAUUCUGUAUGUUUGAAUUCAAAUAAAAAUUAUAGGCGUGAUAAAUUGUUUAAUAAAAAAGUUCUAAAUAACCCAGAUUUAUGCUAACUUGCCUUAGAAUGCUGCUUAAUAUCAUUUUUCACUGCUUGGGAUUUUUGGCGAUCCAGAAAACUAACUAAUCUUGUUUUCUCACCACCUGUCUUAGAGCAACUUCAUUCUAAAUUUUGAAUUUUAGCUCUGUUCUGUACAUCUCUGGAACCGUACGGCUCGACAGAAUUCUCUUUGAACCUCAUCACAUAAUCUUCACGAUGUACACAAUAAUGUCUAAAACUUUUAUUACCAUUGAUAUCACUGCAAACACCUUGAAAUUUCAAGACAAACCUAGCCUACUAAUCGGCCAAAAAUCCGCGUUACGACAUUCACUGUUUUGACGUUAUGCUAAUUUUUCCAAAUUAAUGCGUACCUUACAUACCUCCAUGACUAGCACAUUGUAGUUUGAAUUUUAUUGAAUCUUUUGAAUGUGCAACAUUGGCAAUAUCCACCUUAAAAUUUGUCUCAUCUUUCAGUUAAGUUUCAUUUUUGUUCUAUUAAGUGGUACAAGGUUAAACGUGAUUUUGUCCUCACGGGUGUUUUCCUGUUUUUCAUCUUGUGAUUUUAUUCGUACUUGAAUUAAUGCUUAGUUCGCACAGAUCCUUUUUGGAGUAUUCUUCGCUUACCAUUAUCAGAUGUGUGUUUCUCACGGGCUCGUGUUAACCUUGGUUCAUUAGUCUCGUUAAAGUUCCUGUCUGGGUUUAUCAUCCAGCGAUUUAGUUUUUCAUUGGUUCAUAGCUUCUUGCCGAUCGCAGCCAUGUACAUUCAGCGAUACCAAAACAUCAAUCACAUCGCGUUUGCCUUGUUUUAAUUCCCACGGUCAGCUAACCCAAACAUAUCGAGCUUAUUAUGAAAAAUCGCUUUUAUUUGGCUUGUUAAUAGCAGUAAUCAAGAAGAGUUAAGAGUUAGUGGGAGUUAAGUAGGUGAUAGCUGUCAGCUGUAGAAGUUAAAGAAGAAUGCCGGAAGAAGCUAGUAAAGACGAAGGUCACUGAAAGGAGUAGACUCUCGGUACCUUAUCGUGUAGCGAGCGAGUCACUCAAACACCGCUCCCUCAUAAUACUAACUGACAGCCUGAAUAUAGCGUUUGCCGUAAACGUGAUUCUAAAAAUCUCUUUAAAGGUGGAUUUCCACUGUCGCGUUAUUUUUACGUGCAUACGUGCGUAAAUUUUACGUUCGCAAAUAAGGGUUGAUUUCCACUGUCGCGUAAUUUUUCCGUUCGAACGCACGUAAAAUUUACGCAUCGUAAGUGAAAUAGAGGCAAUGUAUGAAAGUCCACGCGUAAAGGUGUAGUUGAGCGAGGUUCAACUUUUACUUAAAAAUUAUGCGACAGUAGAAAUCAACCCUUAUUUGCGAACGUAAAUUUUACUCACGUAUGCACGUAAAAAUUACGCGACAGUGGAAAUCCACCUUUAAAGAGAGGCAAUGUAUGGUAGAUCGCGCGUAAAAGUAAAAACAAAAUCUCGCUCAACUUGACGUUUAAGCGCGCAGUACUUUUAUACCUUGUCUCUAUUUUAUGUAACCGAGUAAACUUUACGUGCGUGUACACGCACUUAAAAAUUACGCGACUGCUGGAAAUCAACCCUAGCGUCUCCAUACUUUGCCCUACAGGUUUGUAGGGAUAUGCAUUGCUAAAAAUCAUUGGCAGAACACCUUAGGAGCAACUUUCACCCUUCGUAACGUAGUGGAUGGAGAACCCAUGGAGGUGAACUUUCAGCUGUACUCGCCGCUUAUUCAGAAGAUCGAGGUGUUAAAACACAUGCGGAGGCAUAGAAAAGCUCUGUGGUAUCUGAGAGACUAUCCGCCAUCAAUGAGCACGGUGAACGAGAAAAUGAAGCCGGUACCAUACACAGAAGAACCCGAGCUUUAUGUUCCGACGCGAGAAGAAAAGAGAAAGGUUAAGGCUUGGUUUGAUGGAUUAUGGAAAGCGAAAAGAAGAUAA